GAGCCACCUUGCCACCCUGCCCUUGUUGACGUGUAGUUGACGACAACAACUACAUGUACGACGAAGUGGCCAGCAAGAGGGAGCUUGAACAGCAAGACUACCCCACACAUUAGAUUCAUUUGUAAUAGUAUCGCUGUGCUGAGGUUGUAUUUUGGCUGGAAUCUGGAAUCGACAAUGCCCCCUGCAUCGAACGAAACGACAAUUGACGAGACAAUCUGUAUCCCGGCACAGAAACCCACCAUCAAUGGUCCUUCUAUUCACACCAAUGUGCUGAUCAAGAGUGCUCUACCGGCGCGUGGCAUUGUGAGCUCCAACCCCCUUCGCGUGGAACGCCUUCUCCGUCAAGCCGAGAUCAAUGGUGUCUUGUCGCAUGUCAAAGUCCAUACCGACAAGGGAUGGGGAGUCAAGAUUUCUACCGCCACCUACAAAGGUGUGCCAAUCUUUAUUGCCGUGAUUCCUCUUGGUAGCAGUGGAGCCGGAUUUGCCUUUUUCGAAAUGUUCGCCGCCGGAGCCCAGGCACUGGUCCGUGUGGGAGCCAACGAUGCCACGGCGACUAUGAGAGAGUUUGUCAUUGUGGAUUCCGUUGACAACCUCGUCGGAUUGCAGUAUGCCGCUGGAAACAAAAAUGCCAGUCGCAACGAUGCUUUUGCGGCCUCGGCGGAAUUAGUGGGACUCUUGAAUUUCAAGGCAUCUUCACAUGGAUUUGAUUCCAAGCAAAUGAUUUGCCACAACGUGGAAGACUACCACGCCUACAACUUUUCCGAGUUCUUCGAGCAAGGAGCCUCCAUUCGCAACCAAAUUGAAGAACGGAAGAAAAGCAACAAUGCCAGCGAAUGCUGCUGGGAUAUGGAAACUGCUGCCCUCUUCUUGCGGGCGUUGCAGUUUGGAAAGCAUGCUGCCGCGGUCUUGCUUCCCACAAGAUCCUCCCUGGAAAUUGAAACAUCCCAUUGCAACAUCAUCUUUGAAGCCUUGUUGGAUUUCACGCCUUUGGCAGAAAGCGAGGAAAUCUCCAUGCAACCCAUCACAGAAGAAGGAGCGAGACGAAUGUCUCGUGCGAAUCGAACACACUCCACCAAUGAUCUUAUUGGAAUUGAGGAGCCUUUGUUCCUUCCAGAAGUAGACGUCGAAACGGGCAACGAUCUCUUUGCCGAUGACGAAGAUGCCCCUGCGUUUUAAUAAAAGCGGAUGGAGCCACCAAAUUUUACAGCCACGCACUGCAUCAUCUCUUAGGCUUGUCAGACAGUUUUGACACACACGCACACACACGCAAAGAUACAGGCAGACAUCCAAAAAAAAAUUGCAUCCAGUUCGACGAGAAGCAUGAGAGGUGGGUUUUAAAUACAGUAUAAACGCAAAUCCGUGAUAAGUGCUAAACUCCAUCUGGUGUAUAUGGACGUGACUUCCUUCACAAACAUGUAAUGAAGCGCCUCGCGGCUGGCCAGGGGUGUGGCGUUGGUUCUUUGUACCGGUCAAUGAUCGAGUUGCCCGACAAGGUACAGGUAGCAUGAUCACGACCCGCCACACUACACUGUGAACUUGAAGGCUGCGUCUUCUAGUCAUGUCGUCGUCCCUACAUGUGCCGCAGUCCUGAGCUCCCGUACACACCAGAGAGAUAUCUACCUCCUAGAUGCAGCCUUUUAGGAACUCAAUCUAGCUAGCUCCAGCGGUGGUAGUGGCAAUUAGUCCGCUCAAAUGAUCGCCCGAAGCAGAUUUUUUGGCCCAUUUAUGUAGUAUUCGCCAAGGACAACUUUCGUUGAUUACCCACUGAUUCGUUGUGGCUACCUGAGCUCAUGGCGCACAAACGAUUCCUACCCAAUGUACAUGUAGUAGUAGCUUGUUCAGCUGAGAAGACCACCCAACAGUUUGCUCACCAAAGCUGGCU